UCACGCCACAGCGCGGCACGCUGUGCGUGAGAGCGAGCGAGCGCCUGCCUGUGACAAACAGCGCUGGGGCUCCUGAGAGGCACGGGGGCGAGAGGCCGACCGCAAAAAUACAACUUGCAAUAUCGUUAUCAUAGCUUUUUUAAAAAGUAAUUUUCUCUCUACAGUAACUUUAUGUAAACGUCAGCGUCGCGGGGACUGGCUAGGAUCACUGCAGGAGUGACAUAGCGACGGGGGAAAAUCUGAACGGACAGCACUGCUGCGCGGAGAAGAUAGCGAGUUCUGGGGGAGCGAGGAUUAGGGGCGAAAGUCGCUAUGAAUUAAAUUAUGCAGCUAUCAUCGACGCGGCGAGUCGACUCUGCAGAAUAAACCACAGGAAACGACCUGUCCUCGGGGGGAAAAGGGAAACUUUUCGGAAGGAGAGAGAGAAGCAGGGUGGCAAUGGUUGUGGCAUGACAGAGGGCGUCACGCUGUACAGGCCGAGCACAGCAGUAUGGAGGCAGUUCAGUCGGUCACUGUGGGCAUCAAGAGUGAACACCUGGAGGAGCUAGGGUCCAUGAUGACAGCGAUGCAGGAUGUGGGAGACAGCUGCCCAGCUCACGGUAAACUGUCUCCGAAGUGUAGCUGGGCAUCAUCGCUGGAUGUGGGCCACAGAACUGAGCCGGAGCCUGUCGGUGACAUUGAGGCUUCACCCAAUGGCCUAGGCUGGGAUGGAAGCCCCCGAGAUGGGGAUGUGGUGCAAAUAGAGCCCAGUAACAACUGCAACACACCAGAUGCUACAAGUCCAGCGGCGUCCAGCAGUUACACUGAUCUGUCGCAGACUUCGUCACCCUCGCUGUCAGAUCAGCUGCGCGCAGGCCGAGAUGAUGGAGGUGCUGGUAUCAGUGUAGAAUGCCGGAUUUGUGGAGACAAAGCCUCGGGCUUCCACUACGGCGUGCAUGCCUGCGAGGGCUGUAAGGGCUUCUUCCGGCGGACCAUUCGUAUGAAGUUGGAAUACGACCGCUGUGAGCGUAGCUGCAAAAUCCAGAAGAAGAGUCGGAACAAGUGCCAGUACUGUCGUUUCCAGAAGUGCUUGGCACUGGGCAUGUCCCACGAUGCGAUCCGGUACGGCCGCAUGCCGGAGGCGGAGAAGCGCAAACUGGUGGCCGGCUUGCUGGCUGGGGAGCGCAGCCCACAGAGCCCUGGUGGCUCAGACCUCAAGUCACUGGCCAAACAAGUUAACAACGCCUACCUGAAGAACCUCAACAUGACCAAGAAGAAAGCCCGCAGUAUCCUCACUGGCAAAACCAGCUCAUCCUCGCCCUUUGUCAUCCAUGACAUGGACUCGCUCUGGCAGGCUGAGAACGGCCUGGUGUGGAACCAGCUCAUCAAUGGUGCUCCCCCUAACAAAGAGAUUGGAGUGCAUGUUUUCUACCGCUGCCAGUGCACUACCGUGGAGACGGUGCGCGAGCUGACCGAGUUCGCCAAGAACAUACCGGGCUUUGUCAACCUUUUCCUCAACGACCAGGUAACCCUGCUGAAGUAUGGCGUACAUGAGGCCAUCUUUGCCAUGCUGCCCUCGCUGAUGAAUAAGGAUGGCCUGCUGGUUGCCGAUGGCCGUGGCUUCGUCACUCGUGAGUUCCUGCGCAGCCUGCGCAAGCCCUUCAGCGAGAUCAUGGAACCCAAGUUUGAGUUUGCAGUUAAGUUCAACGCUCUGGAACUGGACGACAGUGACCUUGCUCUCUACGUGGCUGCUAUCAUCCUCUGUGGGGGUGAGUCAGGCGAAGGAUCUGCUCUGCCGUCAUCUGCCUGCAUAGCUUGGAGAAGAUCGACCUGGCCUGAUAAACGUGAAGCAGGUAGAGGACAUUCAGGAUGGCAUCCUACAGGCCCUGGACCAGCACCUGCGCGCCAGCCACUCAGACUGUCCACACCUGUUUCCCAAGCUGCUGCAGAAGAUGGCUGACCUCAGGCAGCUGGUGACAGAGAAUGCCCAUCUGGUGCAGAAGAUCAAGAAGACGGAGUCCGAAACGUCGCUACACCCGCUGCUGCAAGAGAUCUACAAGGAUAUGUACUAGGCUUAAUUUAAAGACCUGCACAGUGUAUAGAUAUAUAUGAUAUUUUUGAAUAUAUAGACAUGCACUCACCAAUAUAAUUGUGUGUGUGUGUUUGUGUGUGUGUGUGCGCGCACACCUGCGUGCUUGUGUGUGUGAAAGAGAGAGAGAGGUUCACAUAGCCAUGGAUUUGAGAGCUGUUACAUGGCAAGACAGAUGUAGCACAAAGAUUUGUUUUAUGCUGACGGCGCUUUGGGGGGGUUCUUUCUGAAGCGGGGACAUUCCCGGAGAAUGCUCUCAAAUGCUUCCCACUUCUGUCUGCUUUUUCUUUUAUGGAUAGUCAUCACUUUUUUUUAUAAGUGGUAUUUUUAUAGACCAUUAAGUUUUUAGUUGUUUCUGCAUCCCCAUGACCUGAUCUCUUGUGUUGUCUAUGAUUGUCACUUGCCUGAUCUGUUUCCCAUAGACAUUAUGAGUAAUAUGUAGGUCUGGCAAUGUGUUUAUAGGUCAAGGAUGAACAGAGUCCAGAGAAAGCUUGAAGCGUGUCGCAGAGGUGAGCACUCAGGGUGUGCAUGUCUUAGGUGGACACAAUCUGGGCCUUGUCGGCUUUGUAAGUGACCUCGGAGCUCCCAGGUGUGCUUCGGUCCCACUUAGAGACCUGCUUCAGACUGUAUAGCUUUGUCUACGUAGCUCUUCGUCAUUGUCAAAAUAAUCAAUGAUCCUGCAUCUCCACUAUACCUGUGAUCUAACGGACAGUGCACACACCAUUAAGGCGGCAUCUACAAGCUACUUCAGAAGGUAUCUUCGUUCUCUGGCAUCCGCAGUGCCACUCUGUGGUGCUCUACAAGCAGGCCUGCCCUGCCAUUUCCUCCACACGCUGAGCUGUGUUACUUAGGGUCAGGCACUGUAAGUUGCUCUUACCAGUUCUGUAAGAUGCCACCAUAGAAUGACAAUCAUAAUGUUUCUUGGUUUAGCCAACAUGUUUGUUAACAUUAAAGAGGAAUAACUUGAUUUUCUGGCAUGUGAGAGCUGGGCAGCAUCAGAAAAGGUCAGAUUUAAACCUUUUUGGGUCAGCAAACACAUCCAGGCUUAUAAAAACGUGCGGCUGCUUUUUAGAAUGUCAGCCUGUGGGUAAAUGGUGAGCAGUAUUAACUGUUGUCCUUAAACUGAAUUUGGUGAAAGUACUUAGUAAGGCAGAAGUAUUGAAUUUCUAGUAGACAUAUCUGUGUUAUCCCUUCAGCCAUAUUUUGUCAUGUAAUGAUUAACUCACUCAUGUAAGCAGCACUUAGUAUCUGGGGUAACUUGGAAAUGUCUGAUGGACACAGUUGGGAUUUUAUUACAAUUAUACUGAAGAAGCCUGUUUUUAUCUGUGAUUACAGUCAUGACCUCGCAAACCAAAAAAUUAUUAAAGGAAGCCAUCUUCAUGAGUCACUGCUAGAUUUAGCAUGGGCAUCUGGUCCAGUAUCGUGAUUAGCUUGGUUGAUUGUCAUGACAUCUCCUGGUUCCUUGGGUAAACUUGAUCUUGUAUGUCCUGGUCUACUAAUAAUCUGACAUCAGUGGGACUGCACUUUAUACAAAUUCAAUAAUAUACACAUCACUCUGAUUUGUAUUGUAUUUCCUUUAAAAUAGCAGCGUAAUAUUCUCCCUUCCUUUAUAUCGAUUAUUUUAUUGUACUACAUAGCAUCCAGAUGGAUACAUCGCUUUAAUUUAGGUGUGCUUCAAGGAAUCACACUCAAACAUCCCACUUCCUUGGAGACUGUACCUUUAUUAUUGUAAAGCUCUUUAUGCUGAGAUGUGAUUAUGUGACUUAUACCCCAAUAUAAUCUUCAAUGUUUUGAUUUACCAAACGGAAAGAAACUUCCCCAAAUCACAGAGCCCACGGUGCUUUGCAUGUUUUUGUUGCCCUAUAGCACUUAUGCCAGUCUUGCGGUUUAACAUGAAAUCCUGUGUUUUGUGUUCUCUAAUGGUCUUUGGUUGUCAGAAACAUGGAGACCAUUUUCCACUCGGACCAGGGGCUGCAUUGGCUUAAAUAUUGGGUUAUUUUAUUGGUAUAAGAGUUAUUUCCAGCAGAUCAGCCACACAGACUCUAAGGGGUUUGAAAGGGUCUGCCUCCUUCAGAAGAGGGAGCUGUAAGCGCUGAGGAUGGAAAGAGACGUGUGAUAUUUUAGUUUUAAAGCAGCGGUUUGCUGUAUAAAGGAUUAGUACUGUGUGAACCGUAAUUUUAAGGGGGAAAAUACAGUUGUCUUGUUUUAGCCACAUUUUAAAUGAAGAAUGUUCUGAAGUCCUUUCCCUGCCUGUGCUCUCCUUAUCACAGCAAAGCAAGCGUAUAUGAUUAUGCCCAUAGUGUCCAUUUUCUUCCCAGAUUUCCAGCUGGUUGGUCCUCCUCUUUGAAAGCACUCUAUUUUCAAACUUCCACACAAUGUCCAGUCAACCUUUAGUCCUUUUGGUGGUGACUGCCUCUAGCUGCUGAACUUACUAAAAAUUCACCUGUGAUCAGUCGGUGUCCUCAUUCACUGGCAGCAGGCCAAGGGCAGUGCUCCAAACUUAAACUACAUCACAGGCAUCACCAUCUUAAAAGUAUUUACACGACAACUUCCCAGUAAUGUUCAACAGCACUGAAACUGUUAUGCUGUCAGAAUUCUCUUAAGAACUGUUCCUUAUCCCUGUAGUCACAAUAUGUGUCCCUAGGAACAAGCUUGAUGCUUCUUUUGAUUUUGAAUCUGUACCAUGACAAAAUAUCUCAAAGCAAGCUGGGGAUUUUUACUUUUUCUUGUAUUUCUGGCCCUGAGGUCUGAGGAAGGUCAGUGUUUCCCUUCAAUAACAAUCUGUUAUUGUUUGUGGGAUGUGCAUGGAAUCUGACCUUUCACCCCUUUACAGUUCUCUCUCUCUCUCUCUCUCUCUCACUGGGAAAACUGUGAUUCUUGGUCCAAUGAGGUUCAUCUCCGAACUGACAGCUGUUCUCAAUGCCACCUGUGAAAUCUACCUCUAUGACUCUUUUCCCCUAUAGACAUUUAAGAAGUCUGUUGCACAGCUCCAGAACACAGAGUGGUAUUGCCAUUAAGUAGAAAAAAAUGUAACACAAUAUUCCUUAUUUUAAUAAAACAUUUUUUCUUUCCCAAAAUGUCUAUAGUUCGAACUUGGCCAUCUGUGUUGCUCUCACUUUCUGUUUCGUUUUGGAUGAAAGCAGACCUCAGAUUGAUAGACUGCAGCAGGCUGCCUGUUGGUAAUUGAUUUAUGCAUUGGAACAUAGAACAUCUUUUAACUGCUUUUCAAACACUAUUUGUGGGCAGUGUUCUGCUUUCAAUGUGUACAUUGCCAAGUCCAUUUUAAUAAUAGGUGUGAACCCCCCCCCCCACACACACACACACACACACACACACACACACAGAUGCACAUGCACGGAAUUAAAAAUUUUCUUGCACCUACAGGAGAGACUGGUCUCAUAAACGCUACAGAACAAUGUCUUUAAACAAGUGUUCUCUAAGGACAUUAUCCAGGAGCCCCUUAACCAGGCCUCUCCAGCUGGGAAUGGAGUUAGCAGAUGUGUCCCAAACAAAGGCACACAGCACCACUGCUGUGACCGCUGCCCAUUGUCCUUCUUGAAAGUGGAAUCCAAAUAUUAUUGAUGUGUUCCAGGACUUUCUACCCCCACUUCCUAAUUAAUGUGUGAUAGGAAAGGGGAAACAUUAAGAUGUGUGGUGGAUUUUUGGUUCCAACAAGCUUUAAACCCAUAUGUGUUUGUGAGUGUGAAGUAAUCAUUAUGUAGUGAGCUGAAACACAAAAUACUUGUGCCUGUGGUUGGUCUUCCCUAUAUUGUCUGAUGACAGCUGGUCACCAAUUGUUCCCCUCAUUCUCAGCCGUUUGCCGUGGACGUGCCACAGCAUCUGGACUGUCAUCAGUCAAGCCCACGGAAGCCCCUUAGAUUUUACAUUGUGUGCUACGUCCCUGAGUCACUCAUGCUUCCUGAAUCUUGGAGUAGCCCAGAGCACAGGACAAUGAUGUGCUUCCCCAAAGACCAGAGGCUUCCAAAGCCCAGGGAAGCAAAGACCCAGGAGUGGCGAGUAUAGAGAGACCCUUAUGCAGAAACUGCACUGCCUACUGUAAUGCAGAGUAACAGACACUAAAAUGAUCUCAAGCUUAAAAAUCAGACCAAAUGUUGCCUGUUGCAGUCUCUCUCAAUCCUUUGGUGAAAAUCGAAUGUCAAGUCCUAUGGACACUUAGCAGAAAGUGUUUUUAUAUGUAGAUGUCCUAACCUUUGCAAAGCUACUUUAAUCAAUAAAGAAAUAUAUCUAACAAUUCUGAACAGCCAAUGCAAAAGGCAAAAAUUCUAAUGCACAUGAUCUUUUUUGUAAUACUUUUGUAGCUAGUAAAUAUGUGUCACUGGGCAAAUGUACUCCAUGAGACUUGAGAAAGUAUUCCCAGAUAUUUUGAUGAAAAAAUAAACCUCAAUUUUAUCA